AUUAUCUUGAAUUACUUAAAAGUUCCCAAGAGCCAUCUAUAUCACUACCACAAUUCGAAUAUAAAUAAUGGCGUCACUUAAAGGAAGGCGCUCAACUAAAUCGGCUAAAGCGACGACACCGGCUGUUGUAUCAAAUGUCUCGAGCGUAUCAACAGCUUAUCUUCAGGAAUUGGAAGAUACAUUCCAGCUCUAUGAUCCGGAGAAUACAGGAGUGAUGUCACUCAAGAGUCUAAGGCUUGCAAUGAGAACAUUAGGUUUUGAGGCUUCUUUGGAGAAUGUUAUGGAAAUCAUCCGCGAAAUACCAUCGCUCAGUAUUCACAGACCCAAGAAAAAAAAAUGCUCAAUAGUCAAAGGUAUGAUAAGCAGCACCAACAAUAUCAACUCCAACAACAAUAAGAAUAAGGGCAAGGAGAAACAGAAUGACUUGGAGCCGAUUGCGGAAGGCAUCUCUGGUAUAAGACGGAGCUCACGUGUGACGUCUGGGGCAUUGAAGACAGGGUACAGGUCAAAAUAUGUGGAUGAAUCAGACGAGGCUUUAGUGAGUGACGAUGAUGACAAUGACGAUGACGAUGAAUAUGAGGACAUUAAAACCCUAGACUCAGACGGAGGCGGUGAUAAGAGCUUUAUUCGAAGGAAUACAGAAGAGAAUGAUUUUGGGGAUGACAACCUCUACUUCACUCUGCAAGAUUUUAUCACGAUCAUGAUACCUAAUGAGGACCAACACGGCCAGGAUGAGGUUUCACGGAUAUUCCAACUGUUUGACUUGCAGGGUAAGGGGUCGAUCCGCAUUGAAGAUCUGCGACGAGUUGCCAAGGAAUUGGCCAUAUCCAUGGGGGAUGAAGAACUGCGAGAGAUGAUCGAAGAGGCUGACCGUGAUGGUGAUGGAUGCGUUACUGAGCAGGAAUUUGCUCGGAUUUUAGAAAAGACAGGAUUUUGAAGACAUUGAUAGCUAGUAACAUCCACAGCCAUUUAUUGAAAAUUAUUAACAAACGGCUCAUAUGACUUUAUC